ACGUAUUUCCUGGGGCUUGUGCGGACCUCUCCGGCGGCACACCACGGAGGGAUAUCAUGACUAUUUAUAACCAGCAAGUCUCACUUAUCAAAUGUUCCGAGGUUUUUCUGCGCCGUCCUCGUUUCUAGCACCGCUGGGUGCGAGACAACACGCCGGGUCGUGCAGCAUGUAAACGGAAGCUGGUAAGCUGUGACCUUCCCUCUCGUAGUCUCUCCCAUGCACUGGCAAGCAUCGCGGGCAGCCCUGGUGUGGCAGAAAGGUGCAAUGCUCAUCGACUGUGCUGCUUCUGGAGACCCCAUGGCCGCUGGCCCACCAUCUCCCUCUGCGAGCAGCCGUAGGCUCACGUUGUUGGAGUUGAUAUUAUGCUCCCUGUUGAUCUUGCUGGUUUCUGGGCUGCAGCCGGCAUCGGGUCGAAACGUCUAUACAAACACAUGGGCUGUCCACAUACCUGGAGGUCGGGAGGAAGCGGAACAAAUUGCCAGUAAACACGGCUUCAUCAACUACGGACAUGUUUUUGGGGAUUAUUACCAUUUCAAGCAUCGUGCAGUGGCAAAGCGAUCGCUGUCUGAUCACAGGAGCUCACAUGUCCGUCUACUUAAAGAUCCCAAGGUAACCUGGGCAGAGCAACAGGUGGUCAAACAGAGGAAAAAACGAGAUAUCUACACUGAACCUUUUGAUCCGAAAUUCAAGUACCAGUGGUACUUGUACAACACCAACCACCAUGACUUGAAUGCCAAAGCUGCUUGGGAGUUGGGUUACACAGGUAAAGGAGUGGUGGUGUCCAUCCUGGAUGAUGGAAUAGAAAAGAACCAUCCAGACCUCAGUCAGAACUAUGACCCAGAUGCCAGCUAUGAUGUGAAUGAUGGCGACCCAGACCCUCAGCCAAGAUAUACACAGCUUAAUGAUAACAGGCAUGGAACACGCUGUGCAGGAGAGGUAGCGGCAGUAGCCAACAAUGGCAUCUGUGGAGUCGGUGUGGCUUACAAUGCCAAGAUUGGAGGUGUGCGCAUGCUGGAUGGUGAGGUGACAGACAUGGUGGAGGCCCAGUCUCUCAGCCUGAACCCCCAACACAUUCACAUCUACAGCGCUAGCUGGGGCCCAGAGGACGAUGGCAAAACUGUGGAUGGGCCUGCGAAACUCGCCAAAGAGGCCUUUCUGCGUGGAGUUACUGAGGGCCGUGGCGGUUUGGGCUCGAUCUUUGUGUGGGCAUCCGGCAAUGGCGGGAGAGAUAAGGACAGCUGUAACUGUGACGGCUACACCAACAGUAUCUACACCUUAUCCAUCAGCAGCUCCACACAGAAUGGCCUCAUCCCCUGGUACAGCGAGGCUUGCUCUUCAACCCUCGCAACCACCUACAGCUCGGGCAACAUCAACGAGAAGCAAAUAAUCACAACAGAUCUGAAGGCUGAAUGCACAGACUCCCACACAGGGACCUCUGCCUCUGCACCACUGGCCGCUGGGAUCAUCGCUCUGGCUCUUGAGGCAAAUGAAAAUUUGACCUGGAGGGACAUGCAACAUCUGGUUGUGCGAACUUCUCGUCCUGCCCACCUGGCCACCAACGACUGGAACACCAACGGGGUUGGACGCAAAGUCAGCCAUUCCUACGGAUACGGUCUACUUGAUGCCAGUGCAAUGGUAGCACUGGCAAAGACAUGGACCAGCGUGGGACCACAACGAAUAUGUGUGAUCACCAUGGUCGACGAGCCAAAGAACAUUGGCGGCCAUUUAUCAGUUAACAAGAGUGUGGAUGCCUGCUUUGGAAGCGACAAUCACGUGACCUCACUGGAGCACGUCCAAGCUCGGCUCACCCUGUCGUACAACCGGAGGGGCAACCUGGCUAUCCACCUCAUUAGUCCUGCUGGCACGCGUUCCACAUUGCUCCACCCCAGGCCUCAUGACUACUCAUCAGAGGGUUUUAAUGACUGGGCUUUCAUGACCACCCACUCCUGGGAUGAGAACCCCUCUGGGAAGUGGACGCUGGAGAUUGAGAAUGUAGCGGGGGCCAGUGACUACGGCACUCUAACCCAGUUCACUCUGGUGCUGUAUGGCACCGGCUCCCCUGAUGAUUCUCAGGCUGGAAGCAGCAACUGCAAGAUGAUGGACCUCAAACAGAGAUGCCUUGAAUGUAAUGCCGGCUACUACUUCCACAUGCAAAGGUGUGUGACAGCCUGUCCAACAGGCUUCACUGUGGGUUCGCAGCCCCUCAACUACACAGUGGGCAACGUCAUUGCUCCGGCCUACAUCCCAGCCUGCAUGCCGUGCCUGCCGCCGUGCCUGACGUGCAGCAGGCUCAGCGCAGAGGCCUGCCUCUCCUGCCCUCCUCACAGAUCGCUGAAUCCCAUCACGAGCACCUGCGAUCGCAUCACCCAGUACAUGCGCGAGUCCCCCGGCGGAUUCAUGGUGGGUCAGGGGGACUCCGGGUUGCAGCCCCAGCUCAGCUCACAGCUGCCUGCGACGGUGGCCAUUCUCAGCUGCAUGGCCAUCAUGGCCGUCUUCGCCGGCAUCUUCCUCCUCCUGCAGCUGCGCUCGGGAGCUCUCGUCAAGCUCCCGUCGCUGGAAGCCGGCGGCGGCAUCGCGGGCAGCUUCAGCCUGGGCGGCAAUCGGGUGGUGUCAUACCGCGGCAUUCCGACAGUGUGGGGGGAUGACGGCGUCAACACGGACUCGGAAAACGAAGAGUUUGAUGUCCAAAACGAGAGAACUGCCUUUAUCAAAACACAAAGUGCUCUUUAAUACAUUCCUUUUCUGCCCUGCUUUUUUUUUUCCUUUCCAAAUCCACACCACCAAUUGUUGAAUGAAUCAGGGCCCGGGGGUGUCUGCUAUCAUGCUCUUCUCUGGUUUCAUCUUUCAUCCUGACUUCGGCUUCCAUUUCAGUGGGUUCCUAUCAUCCUGCACUUCGUCGUAAGAGACCUGACAGGAAGUCUCUGCUCACUGGGAGCUUAGUUAGGAUGGCGGGUGUGUUCGCACAUCUCUUCGACCAAGUGUCUUCUGCCACCUCCUUUUUCCCUCGGAUCACUCGCAAUGUGUGUCCGUCCCGCCCUCCUCUCCAGUUCCUAUUGUUCCACUAAAAAGACAAUUACUGGUUUGCUUUUCUUGCUUCCUUCCCUCUUCUAUCAGUCUCUGUGCAGUAGCCGGAUGAGAUUGUUUUGAUGUGAGGAACACGAGCGUGCCAGUGUCCAUGUCCUGCACGUGACUGUUGAGUCUGUCCGACGUCAGUUAGUGAGGUGUUUUUCAUAGAAUCUGCUGCAUUUUUUGAAGGGAGGAAAUCUAUUUGGAAACAUUAAGUCUCUCGCCAGUAUCAACAUCCCAAAUACCUCACGUUCAUUUUUUAUUGGGGGGGGGGGUUGUUUUGUUAUUUGGGGGGUGGAGGGGGUACAAUCGUUUGUUUUGUUAUUUGGGGUGGUGGGUGGGGCAUCGAUCAACGAUUAGCAUCUAUGCGGGUUUGACAAGGGCUUCUUUUACAACUCCUCACAGAUGUGUCAACUACAGUGCAAGCCACAGUUGUCUGAAUUCAGUUGGAAACAAAAUAUGCGGCCCACAAAUUUUUCCAACCUGUAUCUAAUCAACCCUGGAGCAGCUGCGUAGCUAUUACUUGUGAUUCAUCAGCAGAAGGAUUGGACUCAUUACCGAUACACCAAUAUGUUCCCUUGGUCCGGGCAUAUUAGCACUACAAAGACAAAUUUCACAUGCCUCAAAUCAGCGAUGACACUAAUGUACUUGUCUCUGUCAUUGAUUGUGAAAGAGAAACAUACAUCUUCCUUGUACGGGGACAUUUCUCUCCCCAUUUCACAUUCCUGCUCUCUCGAGUUGAAACUGCACAUCAUCACCAUGUCUGCAUCAAGUUCAAAUUUAAGUGGAUCUUUUCUAGGAGCCCCUCCAACAAUGUAGCUGGAUUCUGUCUGAUGCUGCUUUGUUGUUUUCUUCUUAUUUUAUUAUUUUUUUUGAUAGUUAUACCUGAGGGGAAGGUUGUUUUUAAGUCUUUGUUUCUCCCUUGCUGCAUUUCAAAUAUGCAUCUCCUGAUUGAAUCCAAAUCAAUUGAUCUCUUUUCACUAGCUUCAUAGAAUUGAUUUUUUUUCCCCCAUCUGGCACUCGAAACACUGCUGAGAGAGGUUGUCAUGGUGGUGAUGACAUGCAUACAAAACCACAGCUGCUCACCCCCUCUAUAUCUACCUCUCAUCACUCAGCAUGGUUUCACACACCGACGCGUGCCAAAGCUGGAAAUAUUCUGAAAUAUAGGCUUUGCAUUUCGUUUGAUGCUUAGGAUGCUGUGUCAAUUUGUCAUCUUUACGAUCAACAUUCACAGGCAGGGCUUUAAAUGCUGGUUUUGGAAAUAGGAUGGGUCAAAGGAUUGACUUUUUUUGUUCAGUUGGGCCGCGUUUACUUGUCUGUUAAAUUGAAAUUGCCAACCAGACAUUGUUUGUGCUCUUUGUACUCCCAUCCUCCCUCGAUAGUUCCUCUUGAGGUUACGACUUUUUGUUCUGACGCUGACAAUCAAUUUCCCUGUUUAGAGAGCAAGUGGCAGGCACAGAAAAUGAAUCCUUUUAAACCUAACCAUUUGUGUCGAGAAGCUCUCUCGGAAAGUCUUUUUGGGUAAUGUGCACACGCAGAUGUGAUUACAGGGAUGUUUGUCCCUCAUGUGGCUGCACGCGACUAGUUGUGGAUCUACAUUAUUGUGCCUACGGCCGUUUGGGCUUUAAGUAGGAAACUAAUUUAAAAAUGUCAUUCUGGCCUCAUGUGACGCGUCUACAAAUCUUAAUGUGCUAAUGCGGCACCAAAAUUGCUUGCUUUAGUUCUUUUAGAAUUACAACGUGAGGUGAUGCAUUGAAUAGCAGUCGUGGUCGAGCGUGUGCAAAUGGUAAGAUGUGCAACGUCGUUUUGAGGAGUUGUCUGCCUGCUUGAGUGGGUGCUUUUGAGUGCUCGGGUUUAAAACUUUGCCUCAAACGCACGAGGAGCCUUUUCAAACGCUCGCUGACAACUCUCAAACAAAGAAUGUCAUGCAAGUGAUUUGGAAUAUUUGGCUUAAUGUGCUAUAUUGUCUUUUCUGAGCUUUCAAGGUGUAAAUAUGGAAAUAGAGGCUCUUGUGUAAUUGCAAUCAAAUGGAGCUUGAGGAGUCAGGCGUGUCCGAUUCGAAU